UCCGAGGGCGGGGUCGCUCUGCGGGGUGCUGGCCCAGCGGCCGCGGAACCUAGGCUUGCGGGUGCUGGGGGUCCCUGGUGAGCGAGGGUCGCGCGGCUGUGCCGUGCGAUGGAACGGGCGAAGAUGGCGGAGGAGAGCCUGGAGACCACCGCGGAGCACGAGCGGAUCCUGAGGGAGAUCGAGAGCACAGACACGGCCUGUAUCGGGCCCACGCUCAGGUCUGUUUAUGAUGGUGAGGAACAUGGACGAUUCAUGGAGAAGCUAGAAACUCGCAUCCGCAAUCAUGACCGAGAAAUUGAGAAAAUGUGCAACUUUCACUACCAAGGCUUUGUGGACUCUAUUACUGAACUCCUGAAAGUACGAGGGGAAGCCCAGAAACUCAAAAACCAAGUGACGGAUACUAAUAGAAAGCUGCAACAUGAGGGCAAGGAACUGGUAAUAGCAAUGGAAGAGCUGAAGCAGUGUAGACUACAACAGAGGAAUAUUUCUGCAACUGUUGAUAAGUUAAUGCUGUGCCUUCCAGUCCUAGAGAUGUACAGCAAACUGAGGGACCAGAUGAAAACCAAAAGGCAUUAUCCUGCACUGAAGACUCUGGAGCAUCUGGAACACACCUAUCUGCCUCAAGUGAGCCACUAUCGAUUCUGUAAGGUGAUGGUGGACAACAUCCCCAAGCUUCGGGAAGAGAUAAAGGAUGUUUCUAUGUCUGAUCUCAAAGACUUUCUGGAGAGCAUCCGCAAGCAUUCAGACAAAAUUGGAGAGACCGCUAUGAAACAAGCCCAACAGCAACGAAACCUGGAUAACAUUGUCUUGCAACAGCCUAGAAUAGGUAGCAAGAGAAAAUCUAAGAAAGAUGUGUAUACAAUCUUUGAUGCAGAGAUGGAGAGCACAAGCCCAAAGUCUGAACAGGACUCAGGAAUUCUGGAUGUUGAAGACGAAGAAGAUGAUGAAGAGGUACCCGGGGCUCAAGACUUGGUGGAUUUCUCUCCUGUAUAUCGGUGUCUGCACAUAUAUUCUGUCCUGGGUGCCCGAGAAACGUUUGAAAAUUACUACCGAAAACAGAGACGAAAACAGGCUCGUUUGGUGCUCCAGCCUCCGUCAAACAUGCAUGAAACCUUAGAUGGCUACAGGAAGUAUUUCAAUCAAAUUGUAGGCUUUUUUGUAGUUGAAGAUCACAUUUUGCAUACAACCCAAGGUUUAGUGAAUAGAGCCUACAUUGACGAGUUGUGGGAAAUGGCACUUUCAAAGACCAUCGCAGCAUUGCGCACCCACUCGUCCUACUGUUCUGAUCCAAACCUUGUGUUAGAUUUGAAGAACCUCAUUGUACUCUUUGCUGACACACUCCAGGUGUAUGGUUUUCCUGUGAAUCAACUUUUUGAUAUGCUUUUAGAAAUCAGAGACCAGUAUAGCGAGACUCUGUUGAAGAAGUGGGCAGGUGUUUUCAGAAACAUACUUGAUUCUGACAACUAUAGUCCCAUACCAGUAACGAGUGAAGAGACAUAUAAGAAGGUUGUAGGACAAUUUCCAUUUCAAGAUAUAGAACUGGAAAAGCAGCCAUUUCCCAAAAAGUUUCCUUUCUCUGAAUUUGUGCCAAAAGUUUACAACCAGAUUAAAGAAUUUAUCUACGCCUGCCUGAAGUUUUCAGAAGAUCUUCAUCUAAGCUCCACUGAAGUUGAUGACAUGAUCCGUAAGUCCACAAACCUGUUACUGACCAGGACUCUGAGCAACUCUCUGCAGAAUGUCAUUAAGAGAAAGAACAUUGGCCUUACUGAGCUUGUUCAGAUUAUCAUCAACACAACACACUUGGAGAAGUCCUGUAAAUACUUGGAGGAAUUCAUCACCAAUAUCACUAAUGUUCUUCCAGAGACGGUUCACACCACCAAACUCUAUGGUACCACAACUUUCAAGGAUGCUAGACAUGCGGCUGAAGAAGAGAUAUAUACAAAUUUAAAUCAGAAGAUUGACCAGUUUCUGCAGCUGGCUGACUACGACUGGAUGGCUGGAGAGUUAGAAAGCAAAGCUAGUGAUUACCUAGUUGACCUCAUUGCCUUCCUCCGGAGCACAUUUGCUGUGUUCACACACCUUCCUGGAAAGGUAGCCCAGACAGCUUGUAUGUCAGCUUGCAAGCAUUUAGCCACAUCCUUGAUGCAAUUGUUGCUGGAAGCAGAAGUAAGGCAGCUCACUUUGGGAGCAUUACAGCAGUUCAACCUGGAUGUCAGAGAAUGUGAACAGUUUGCCAGAUCCGGCCCGGUGCCUGGGUUCCAGGAGGACACGCUGCAGUUGGCCUUCAUCGACUUGAGACAACUAUUGGACCUCUUCAUUCAGUGGGAUUGGUCCACAUACCUUGCUGACUAUGGACAACCCAACUGCAAGUAUCUCCGAGUGAAUCCUGUGACUGCUCUGACCCUGCUUGAGAAGAUGAAAGAUACUAGCCGCAAGAAUAACAUGUUUGCACAGUUCCGGAAAAAUGAACGAGACAAGCAGAAAUUGAUUGACACUGUGGCCAAGCAGCUCCGAGGACUCAUCAGCAGCCACCACUCCUGAAUGUUGGCCUUGGGCCCACAGAGACCAUUUGCCAUAGCCCAUGGUCCAGGAUCUCCCCUGGGCCAGCCCUGCAUUUGUGCAUUCUUCCUCAAAGAGAGCAUAUGUAUUUUUUUAUUAACCCCUGUACAGUAUUCAUAUAACCUUUCCCUAUAGUAAGAGAGGCACAAGAAUAAUCAAGAACAUGAGGGGCAUAGUCGGGGGCGGGGGGGCUGCCAUACUUUCUUUGUUAUCCUGGGAAGGAUACACUGUCAGUGCUAAUAUGAUGAGCUUCCUCUUAUCCAGGACUCCACAAAUUCGGUGGGUACCUGUGCUGGGAGUUGAGAUGAGGAAGUAAAAUAUGUAUCCUGUUUGCUCUCAAGUGCUCACUUAAGUGCAUAGGAGAGCCUGGCAGACAUAGCUAUGUAGUAUACCAAAGCCAGCCUCAGUUUAGGAUAUUCAUCUGCCUUGUUGGCUUACUUAAUGGCCAUAAGAGUGAGGUGUGUGGCAAGAUGACACUUUCACUCUGGUGCCACAGGUGGCAGUUUCACUGGUGGAGUCUAACCAGACCUUGUGGCUGGAGAGGGGUAGUUAGCAGAGUUGUACACUUGGGCCCGUGCUGAACUUGCUAGUUGCCUCACUGGGUGAGUUGUUUUUCUGUAUCUUGAAAGCCAAUUUGGGUUUCUUUUCCAUUCAUCUCUGUCCCUUCUUUCAUGACCAUAACACUAGGUUCAUAAUAUAGAUCAGCAGUGGCUUUUGAAGGUUCCUGAGGAGAGUCUCAUACUUGCCUUCUGCAGCAGCAUCUGCGUGGUCUGAACCCCCAAAGCCUGAAAACAGCCUGGGUGCUUUCACCUGGAGGAAAGCCUGAUGACUUCUUGAGAUUGUUCACUUACGUUUUAACAACAGCCUUCUGGCUACCACCUUUAAAGCAAAUGUCCUAAGCCCUACACGAUGGGCACAGCCUCCCCAGGACUGGAUGUUUCUGGGCAUGGAUCUGUCACCAUGAGGUAGACAAGGUCAGCUGUAGCUGAGGUUUGUUGCCUCUGGCCCAGCUGUCAUCAACUAAGUCACAUCAUAGAGACAAAGCUCAUCUUGCCCAAGCCCAGGGCUCCCAUCUUCUGAGCUGUACCUUGGCCUCACCUCAUAGUGCUUUCCUGAAAUCCUAUCUUUAAUCUCUGGAGCCUGGACCAGCCAGGUAGACACUGAGACAUGGCCAGGGCUUUCCUGUGCCAUUAGUCAGAGGUGUCUACGCACUCAGUUGUGGAAGCUGUUAGGCUAACUGAUCGUAAGAGUAAUUGCAUCAUAGAACACUAUCCAAGAUGCCACAAAAGUGAUGAGGAGAAAGACUGGUCAAACUCUCAUUGCCUUUGUCACCUACUGUGUGCUUCUGGGACAGCAGUGCUUCUGUAUCUCCCAGCCCACUGUAGCCUACCCCAUCUUGAACACACCCCACCCUUACCAUAGCCAUCUUAAAUACCAACAGGAAGAGACCACUGUACAGUGGUACAGCUUCCUAUAACGAAAGAUCAAGCCACUCAUGCUCUGCAGAUGCCUGCAAGCCUCAUCAAUGGGCUACACAAUGGUGCAGAGGUUCAGAAGUCUCAUAAGAACACCCAAAACUUGGUUAGCCAAGGGAAGCAGAGGCCUGUGGGAAAGAAGACAAAGUGGUGUCUCCAAGCCCCGGAUAGAUGAAAAGGCCGAGAACUGAUUCCACUAACCUGAAGUCCUGCUGACUGAGAAGGAAGGAACGGCCCUUUACCAGUGCUCGUCAGCCUUUAGUGUAGAGAGACUGCUGGCCUGUCACAGCUUUUGUCCUUCUAGACACCAUCUUGCUGCUUGUCUAGUCUCCACUCUGCCCCAGAGGAACUGUCACAGAAUGAAUGAAAACAGCUGGAGGAGCAGGACCACUCCCUUCCACAGCAGAGUCCUGCUGAUGGGAAUUUCAUCCAAUCUCAGGGUGUGUGAGCAUGGCCACCUGGCCUUUCUCCUCCUGCCUCUGUAUCUUCCUUCACUGUUCCCUAACAAAAAGCAGCAUGCUACUUCUGACCUGUGAAAGCCAAAGGCCUUCAAUGUCAAGGUGAUUAUGAAUUGAUGAAGUAGAACUUUUUUUUUUCAUUUUAUCCAUAAGGCCUAAAGCUGAGCUGUCCCUGAGGACUUGAACACAGUAUGCACGCCUGUAGGCCUCAGACACUGUGGCCUUAUCUCAGAUGCCUGCAGGCACACACAUCCUGAAGAGUCUCAGGUGUGGUAAGACACUGCUGCCUGGAGGUCUGGCCUUCCAACCAGAUCCACACCCGUGAAGACAGUCUGGUUUGUGAGCCAUGGUUAGGCAGAGGCUCACUUACUUUUGCCAUUCAUGGGGGGGGAAAAACCUUUUAGUACCAGAUGAGCCUGGUGUGGGUUGAGAAGAACAGGGCCUGCACAUGGGAACCCACAGAGUCACUGUUAGUAAAAGGAGUGUCUCCCAGUGACUCCGUCAUAAACCGGGUCCAGCAGUCCAUUUGCUCCACAGCAUCUAGCUCAGCAGGUCCCAGGCCCAGGGGUGGCACUUUCCAGGAGUUUCCCACUUAGACCUCUGAGUGCAGGUUUGGCUGGCUUCACCAGGUCUCCUCCACACUACUUUUGCUGUAGCCGCCUCCCUCCAACACCCCUCCCCUUCCUUUAUUCACCUGCCUUUCAGCCAUCCCUCACGGACGUGUUGGAAAUAGCCUUUUCAUUUUGCACAGUUCCACAUUUGUGGGAGAAAUGCAGUGAGAUCCAUCUGUACCUCUAAAAGGAACCUUUUCCUCUCGUGCUCACCAGGAGAGUAGCUCCGCUGCAGGCGACUGCAUAAGGGGGGCUCCUCUGUGGAAAGAGCAUGUGUAUCCCAUUGCCCUGUAUACCUUCUUCUUUUAACUGGCAUUAAAUAUGAGAAUCUACAUACAUGUUCCAAUAACCACUAUGUUUCUUGUGAGGUUUUUGUUUUUAUUCCUUUGGCACAGUGUGACUCUGGUUUGUGAUAAAUAUUGAAUGGCAGGCAGUGUGUCCCUCUGAGCUGCCUGAGGAGCAGAGCAAGACAGGAGCUGGUGUGGAGAGGCCCUGUUGUGACCUCAGGUGUUGUUAAGAUGCAUAACAGACACUGGCACAGCCACCAGGAAACACACAUUGAAGUGCCUAGUCUAUUGGGGUACUGGGAUGGGCUGUUCACCUACUCUACGGGGACAGGCUCCAGCCAAGCAGGAAUGAUACAGGAUGAUCCAGAGCAAAGCUAGCCUGGCAGCGAGGGAGCUGAGCAGUAGGCCAUGUAAAGAAAGGUCUGAAAGGAAGACAGGAGAGAGAGCGGGUGCCUGUCAGCAUGGUCUUAUGAUUUAACUGUAGGGCUCGACAGGAGUGCUUGAGGUGCAGAUCGCAUUAGAGCUUGAAGUUGCCCCUAGCCUGUUAGAUGCUGGGAGACAGUGAAGGCCCUUUGGGCACUUGGCAACCAUGCUGAGUAGAAAUGUCCAUGCAACAGGCCCAGCCUGCUUACCCUCAGAAGAGGCUGGAAAGAACACCAAGCCAACAGCCUGACACUGUUGUGGGCUCUGCUGACAAAAGACCUGGGCCUUUGAAGCGGCCUGCUAGCUGGAUCAUCUUGAACAGUUCAUUUGCUAGCUCACUAGUGACGUUAGAGUGGUUCCUAAUUUACAGGGGUAUUGUAAAAUGUGAGAGCUGUGGAGGUUGCCGUGCCUGGCCUGCCGUAGCUGUGCACUGUUGAAGACCUUGACAUCACUUCCCUCCAGUUUAUGGCAUGCCUCUCAGCUGAGCAUCUCACAGAUGUUCCCAUAGCUGCCUUGUCUCUGGCUUCCUCGCCAAGCCCAGGACAAGGCUGGUGGGAGAUGUGCACCUCACACCCCUGUGCAGGAACCAGGACCACCAGCUGCCGGCUCUGAGUAAAGCCAGCCUUCAAGAGAAGCCUGCCCUCAUUCCACGUGCAGCCUCCUCUGCUCUCAGUUCUGUGCCAAAAUAUAUACUCCUCCUGAUAGCAUGGCGUCCGUGGGUUUCCAUCCACCCGUGCUUCUUUCUUUUGGAAAGCAGCUGUGGCUUUCGUCAGUGUCUAAGAAAGAGGCGUGACUAAAAUACUCCAAAUGAUAACAAAAUCCCUUUAGAGAUGGAUUUCACUGUGAGUGAACACGGGAGGCUCUGAACCGUGACUUUCUCUCUUUGCCUCCCCAAGUGCUGGCAUAUUUUGAAGACUGAUGCUCACCCUUUUCAGGAAGAAGCCCAGGUCACUCCAAAAGAUCAGAACAGCUUUGUUUUCAGUCAUACCAAGAUGUAUACUGAGCUUCCAGAGGACUCUGCACUUUGGGGCACAGGGCAAAGCGUCUGGUGUGGUCGUUGGGCUGUCCCAGGCUGCUCACCCCAGAGCACCUUCCACCAUCUCUGAGCACCAGCCCAGGAAGGACCAGCUGCUCAUGAUUCAAACCCAGGCAUGUUUUUUUCACAGCUGGGCAUCUUUUUUGCUUAGCAGGCAGGGGAGAACCAGAAGAGCCUCUGAGAGAUGAAGCUCGAAGAGAAAGGGCCAGGCCUUCCCCUGGAGGCCUCAUUCUGAGUUUAAUGGGCAGCAUUUGUGGGGAAUGAGAGAGCCUCCAAGCCCAAGGGACCAGAAGACAAAGGCUCUUGAGGAAGUGCAAGGAGGAGGAGGAGAGGGGCCAGGACCGGCAUUGUGUGGCAGAGCUCCCCCUCUAUCUGUUUCAAUCACUGCAGGGUUAGGGUUACCCUGCAUUUGGGGCCCCACUGCAUUGUGGGGUCUGACAGCCCUUGUGAUGGUAAUGGGGGACUCUCCCAGGGUACCCCUUCCUCUGCCAGCCCAAACCAGCUUCCAGAAAGGAAUGAAGUCCAUUCCCUUGGGGUGGGGCAGGUUGCAAGCCCAGAACUGGACCUAAGAUAGCAGCCCCCUCCCAGUCUGCCAAGUGUACCUUCCCAGCCCAAGUCAUGACCUUUCUCCCUCCAGAGCUCCAGAAAGGGAAUGGAAUCUGAACAUCGAGCUGCUUUCCUGGCCCUGAACAAUCCUCCCUUUCUCUAGUCUCAAUGAUGGGUCUAUUCCCUCCUGUAAAUGGGUCUCGCCAUCUCCAGCGUUCACCUUUGCUUGGACGGGUAAUUAACUACAUUCUCCCUCACACUCCCCUCUCUGUUACCAGGCUCAGAUAAAGCCGGGUGGAUGGCUUUCUCUUCCUUUCUGUUCCGUGGGUUGCUUAUUUCUAAAGCUAGUGAAGGAAGGCACUGCUUCCCCAGCAAGCCCCUUCCCUAGAGAGCUUGCUGGAGAAACCACUUCCGCAGGCACUGGAAAGGUGCCCGUGACAGCACCUCUAAAUUUUUCAGCUCUGAACUACCAGUUCACACAGGUGUUUUAGGGAAGAGGUUUUCAGGAGAGAGCUUAAGGAGUCAAGUGGAAAGCUACUUGGGUUCUGGACACUGAGGGCAGAUGUGUAUUUACACAUAAGGCAAAGUAGAACCACAUCAUCAGUGCUUCUUAGAAACAGGAAAGCAUCAGGUGCUGGGCAUCAGGACAACAACCAAGCAGCCAAGUCAGAAGAUGGGGACAGGCCCAUCCAGGAACAGCGACACCAGGCUGGUGGAGAGGCGGGUCAUCUGGGUAGGUGGUCCACAGCAGCAGGAAACUAAGCCUCUGACUAGUCAUUUCUUGUUACCCAUGGACUUGUGUGUGUGUGUGGGGGGGGGUUGUUUUGUUUUGUUGCUGUUGUUUGUUUGCUUGCUUGCUUUUGUUUUUUUGAGACAGGGUCUUACUAUUAGUCCUGUCUGGCUUGGGAUCACCAUGUGGACUAGGCUGGCUUCAAACUCAGAGUUAUCCUCGUUAGUGCUGGGAUUAAAGGUGUGCCACCAUGCCUCGUGUGGUGUUUCUGUGAGAUGAUGAAUUCUGCAAAGGCAAGAACCGUGCUCCCAUCUGAAGCCCAGGCACACCCAGCACAGCAAGUGGUGCAUGGACACGCGGUAUUGGAGCUGGCUGAGAACCAGGGGGAGAAGGCUCUGAGGACAAGGAAUCCUCAGGAGCCUGCCACUUGUAUUCUUUGGAACUGCUACUUCGUGGUAGAUAAUUGAUAAGCAAACCAGCCUUUAAGUUCAUUUCAUCAUGAUUUUAAAAUUCUCUGUAAACAUGUGCUGUCCCACUUUAUCUCACAAGUAGAGGAGCGGGUUGAAAGCAGAUGGGGUCAAGAGAAAAAGCAAGUAACAGUUUAGUUCCUGAUAAGUCCUGAGAUGUGCACUCAUCUUUGUGUGUGUGGAGCGUGGUAUGGUAUGUAUGGUGUGUGUGUGUGUGUGUGUGUGUGUGUAGCUAGCAAAAUUGAGGCUUCCUCCACUGAAUCCUAAUCUUAUUUCCAACAUAUAAUGAAUACAACAGUAUAAUGAGAUUUUUCAAAUGACUGGAAUAUGUGUGUACUGCCCCCCCCCCAAAAAAGAUGACAUAGUAUAUUGUAUUACGGUUUUAUUUAUUAUCAAUACAUCUAAAGUCACACUUAGGAAGUCCAUAGCACCCUGUCUCAGGUUGGACUACACCUUUAUACACCAUGUCUGAACUGAUCAAUAUUCAGAAUAUCCCUAGCAUGUGACUACUAUAAAGUAUUGCAAGAAGAUAUCUGUUUGUAUCUUAGGUAUUUUUAUAGCAUCAAAUUUAAGUAAGACAUAUCGAUGGGUUGGUUGGUUUAAAGUUGUAAAUGUCAAUAUAAUUUUUUAAAUCACACUUUAUAUUCUCUGCAAGAUCUGGCUCUGUUUCUCUGCCCUCAGCACAAAAUAAUAUCAAUAUUUUUUAUCCUUGCAAACCUUUUAAUUUUAAGAAUAAAGAAAUAAUAAAUGGUAUUUCUUUGUUCUAAUUAACAUCCUCUGAUUUUCAGUGAACUGGGCAUCUGUCCGUUGCUGGCCUUGCUAUUGUUGAACUCUUCUUUUCCGUGUGGAGAUUUCAACUACUUGUUUGCUUCCAAUGCUCCCCCUAGUCUGUCUCUGAGUUUGUUCAUGGUGCAUAGCAGUUAAAAUUUUAUUUUCUAAAUAACAAAAAACAACCAGAAAGGGAAAUCUAGAGGCUGGAAGGCUAAAGGUGCUUCCUAGGGAACUUAAUGCAGUGACUAAACCACGUCAGUCUGUUUUCUUUCCUUCUGUCACCCUACCUUUCCCGUAAUGAGACCUUCCAAAAUCUCACUUCUCUCACACUGGCUAACCCACGGCCACUUGGUCAACUUUCAGGUUCCAGACUCUUCUGAAACCUGACUUCAAUGACCAUCUUAGUAGAAAGGGUCACUAAGUCCCAUAGCACCCAGCAUUCAGAACUCUCAAUGGGAAGCCAUGCCUUUGGGUUGAUCAGGAAUGUUCCAUGGAUAGACUGCCCUGACCAGUGUAGCAAACAGUAUCUACAGGGAGAGUAAGGUUCUGUCAGCAGUCAGGCUCCACUGCAGAUACUGAAGUCACAGUCAAGACCCACUCUGAGCAGUACCCCUCCCAUCAUGAUGACAGAUGGAACCCUGAGGACCAGCCACCCCCAUCUGCUUGUGGGGUUGAGUGGGGUUUUGCUGUUGAAACAUCAUCUUUACAGUGAUUGGAUUUCAUGACUAAUUUCCCCACCUCAGAUUAUAAAAAUACUAAGCCACGUUUUCUUCUGCUGCUUCACUUUUUAAUGCAUUAUUCCUUUAACAGUUUUAAUUUUGCUGUGUGAUGAAGAAUGCAGCAGACCUUUGGGUCUUUCAUGUGACUGCUCAGUGGUCUCACAUCUUUAUGGUGUGUAUAAUUCCUGUGUGACUCCUCUGGAUCUGUUUCUGGGUUUUCCACAGUCUCCACUCAUUCUGUUUCUGUGCAUGUUGUUUAAGCACCAUAUUUUUGUGCUUGCUUCCAAAUCAAGUCAUUGAUUUUCUGUGCUAUGCUUUUUCAAAAUGUUCCAGGAUAAAUUCAUAAUUUAUUAAUUUCAAGUUUCAAAAUUCUAUAAUGAUUUUUAACUAAACAUAGAUUGAAUGAAUAUAUGAAAUAAUGAAUGGGAGUUCACAUUUCUAGAUAGCUUAAUAUUUUCUGCACUUGGA